AUGUUCACCGAAGGUAAUUUAACAACAGAAGUCAUACAGAUUACAGAUAAAGAUUACCAACAUAUAGCCAAACUCAACUCGUUGAUCCGACAGGGCGAUCUGUGCGCCGUGAAGCGGUAUGUUCAAACAAAACACAUGUAUCCCCCAGCUUACUAUCGGCGGUUUUGUUACUCCUCCGUGAAGCGCCAGGACUAUUUUCCCGUGGGGGUCGCAGCCCAGUGUGGGGACCCUGAAAUGGUGAAAUGUUUGAUCUAUUUAGGGUUCAGCUUAGACGAAACGAACUAUGAAACAGAACUAUGUAAUUUCGUCUUCCCCAUUCAUAUAGCGUGUUUGGGGGGACAUGUGAGCGUUGUCAAGUGCCUUGUUGAACAGUAUGGCGUGGACGGUGUUGAUUGGAAGGCGACUGGGAUAUCUCCGAUAUCGUACGCUGUUAAUCAGGGGAGAUUAGACAUUAUUAAGUACUUUAUAGGUCAUGGAGUGUCCGUUGAUAUCACUAUUGGGAAACAAGAAUUAUCUCUGCUGUCAGUUGUUGUUGACAAGAAACAGCGUGAUAUUGUCCAGUACUUAGUAACUCAAAGUGUGGAUGUUAAUUCAUGUGACAAAAACGGCACAACCCCACUACACAUUGCCGCAAGUCACGGAUGUCUUGAAAUAGCGCGAGAUCUCAUAGACGCUGGGGCAGACGUGAAUUCAACAGACGAGAGAGAACAGACUCCUUUUUUCGUGGCAGUUUAUAACCGGAAUGUUGACAUGGCCAAGUUUUUACAUUCUCGUGGAGCUGAUCCCGAAAGUCCAGAUGUGAGGGAAUGGACGCCGUUACACCAGGCCGUGAGACACGGUUUCUACGACGUAGUACGCUUCCUCGUUGUCGAACUCAACGUGGACAUGUUGCCCAUGAAUAGCGUCUACCAUACAGCAUUUAUUUUGGGGCUCUAUGCAAGGAAUGUGAACAUUACGGACCUGUUCAUCAACGCAGGGUACGACCCGACAUUUGAAUUGGAGAUGUAUGACGAAGACGAUGCCGACGACGGCGACGACCACGACUACGACCACCUGUACGAUCUGCCACUAAGAGCUCCGGAGGCUGCGUGGCAGCUUAAGAUGGACCAACUAAAGACCUUUGUGUGUACACCUCGGAGUCUGAAGGAACUGGCUUGUUUUGAGGUACGGGACUGCUUAGGGCAGCGGGUUCAGGCCGGUGUAGACUUUCUUCCAUUGCCUCUGAAACUGAAAAACUUUGUGGAGCUUCGACAUGUACCUUGUUAUCACUGCAAAACCGGCAAAAGAAGGAAAUGGUAG